AUGACGUGGAGUUUUACCAGAGAUUUGUUCUCCCGUGAUGCAGACGGACUAGACCUGGACACGGCUUUAAGAUCGACUAAAACUCAUCCGGGACCUGUCGUCCAUUUGAGUGACAGCCCGAAGGAUGAAGGCAAGCUUCUGGUGGGUUUCGAGAGCGGCACAAUAGUACAGUGGGACCUGAGGGCCAAAAAGACUGAUUUCAGAAUCUAUUAUGACGAGGCGAUCCACUCUGCCAGCUGGCACCACGAAGGCAAGCAGUUCAUGUGCAGCCACUCGGACGGCAGCCUGACCGUGUGGAACCUCAGGAACACCUCCAAGCCCGUGCAGGUCACCUUUCCACAUGGUAAAAUCCAGAAAGAUGGCAAGAAGGAAUCAUGUAAACCCAUACUCAAAGUGGAUUACAAGACCUCGAGGAACAGUGAGCCUUUCGUCAUCUUCUCCGGAGGUCUUUCGUACGACAAGGCGGGGCGGCGGCCUACGUUGACCAUCAUGCACGGCAAGGCCAUUACCGUUUUGGAGAUGGAUUUUCCCAUAGUCGAGUUCAUUACCCUCUGCGAUACUCCUUAUAAUAACGAGGUCCAGGAUCCUUUUGCAGUGGUGGUGCUGCUAGAAAAAGAUUUGAUCGUGGUGGAUCUGACGCAGAGCAACUUCCCGGUCUUCGAGAACCCAUACCCUAUGGACGUCCACGAGUCUCCCGUUACCUGCACCGCUUAUUUUGCAGACUGCCCUCCGGACAUCAUCCCUGUCCUCUACUCCAUUGGAGCUAAACACAAGAAGACUGGCUACAGUCAAAAGGAGUGGCCGGUUAGCGGGGGAAUGUGGACGUUAGGCUCGCACACCUACCCGGAGAUCAUCAUCACUGGACAUGCAGACGGGUCGAUCAAGUUUUGGGAUGCCUCUGCAAUCACGCUGCAGAUGUUGUACAAGUUGAAGACCUCCAAGGUGUUUGAAAAGCCCAAGCAGAGCGAGGGUCGUGCAUCCGAACUGGUGGAUGAAGACCCCUUCGCGGUCCAGACGGUCAGCUGGUGUCCCCAGAGUCGCAUCUUUUGUGUGGUCGGGAUCUCGGCCCACAUCAUCCUGUAUCGCUUCAGCAAAUACGACGCCAACACUCAAAUUGUGGCCCUGGAGGUGCGACUGCAAUGCGAGUCGGAGGAUGUCAUUUCUCCAUCGGAGAAUGAAAACAACCCCUGCUUCUCAGAGCCCCGGUCAGGCUCCCACUCCCCCCAGCCCCACCAACAACACCCGGCAAGCCCCGGCGGCGGCACACCAGAGGGUGUCAAGGACAGCGCCCUCUGCCUUAAGGUAAAGGAUCGGGUGGUGCGGGUACCCCCUGGCUACCAGGCCGAGCUGGUCAUCCAGCUGCCUUGGCUGGAUGGAGAACCUCCACAGCAGAUCUCAAGCCUCGACAUCAACUCUGCCUAUGGCCUGUGA